AUGCCUGCGCUUUCUGGAUGCUCUAUUUCUGUAUGCGGAAAGUUCCCCGGUUACACCCAAGCAAAACUCAAAGUUCUGAUUACCGAAAAUGGAGCGAAAUUCGAGAAUGGUAUUUCAAGUACUUGCACGCAUCUUGUCAUACCGGAUAUCGUUAUAAGUGCGAAUGAUAAAGUUAAUGCUGCAUUGGCAAAGAAAAUCCCAAUUGAGGGCAAAAAACUUGCUGAGGACCAAUAUCUACAUGAUGAGGGGGAAGUAAGCAACGGUGAACCUAUUCUAUCGGACCCCAAGAAAAGAAAAGGGGACGAAUCUGAGGAACCAAUACCAAAUACCAUCAAAAAGCCAAGGGCUCGAAGUCAAAAGACAGAUGCAAAAGUUAAAUCACCUGUUGAUCAAGAUGUUCUUAUGGACGAGCCAGCAGCUAAAAAGGGAAGCAUCGAAGCCGAGUCCAAGUCCGAGCCUGAAACAGCUAUCGACACCAAAGAAACCCCGACAAAAGAAACAGAUUCAGGAAAUGCACAGUUUUCUACGAGACCAGGAGAAUCUCCUAUAACUUUAGCGAAAACGAAGAAUAUACCCGUAGCUCCCUGGUGUGAAGAAAGAUCUUGGUGCAGCGUAUAUAUCGACAUUUCCGGAACGCCCUAUGACGCCUCUCUUAGUCAGACAAAUAUCGGAAAUGGAAAAAAUAAUAACAAAUACUAUAAUCUCCAGACUACGCGACCUGGACUCAAUGGGGUAGAGUCGGCGAAGAGGGACAGCAGUCACUCUAUCAUCCCAAAACUCUCGAGGAGGCCAUUAAAAGAAUUUGAGACAAGAUUCAAAGAGAAAACAGGCCUCAAAUGGCAGGAUCGAUAUGACGCACCAAAAGUAGGAAAGUAUACACUUAUUGAAAAGAAUUAUAUGGACUCAGAAGAUGAGGACGACAGAACAGAUGAGAAGGGCAAAAAGAAGGAUGACAGCAGUGAGAAGAAACUAGUUGUGCAUUCAACACUUUCACCAGAGCUACAGUCAUUAAUGAACCUCAUUUUCAACUCACAACACAUGGCUUCCUCAAUGGAGGCUAUGCGCUAUAAUGCGAACAAACUUCCUUUGGGAAAGUUGUCUAAGAGGACUCUCUCCCAAGGAUUCAUGGCACUGAAAGAUCUUGAUGAAAUUUUGGCCAACAUAAACUUGGCGCAGUCAAAGUAUAAGCAAUCUCUGUCGAAAGUGCUAGAACAGUUGACGUCGAAAUACUACACUGUUAUCCCUCAUGAUUUCGGAAGGCAGCUAGUUGAAGCUCUAAGUAACAUGGAGAUCACAAAUGAUAUUAUGAAAGAUGCUGAAUAUCCGGUUGAUGCCGAUGGGAACCCUAUAAAUCCUUUGGACAAGCAAUUCAGGUCUUUGGGUCUGGAGGAGAUAACUUUGGUUUAA